AUGGCAAAGGCAGCAGGAUUCACUUGUGAAUCGCGGUACGAUUCGACCAGCGCCAUCUUUCGUAAUGUGACCAUUCAGCCAACGGUGGACUUUUGGUUCAAGUGUGACUCAGGCUACUAUAGCAAAACUAAAAUGACCUUCCUUAACUCGUCGAUGGAGGAGGUUCCGAAAAAGUUGUUCGAUUCGUUCAGCACGCUACAGAACGUGUCGUUGGUCGACUGCAACAUCAAGCACAUCGAGCGCUACAGCCUCGAUCGGGCCAGUUCGUUGCGAUCACUGGACCUGUCCCAGAACCAAAUUGGAGAGCUGAAAGGGUUCGUGUUCGUCGGUGCGUCUAAUCUAAUGACGCUUAACCUCACGCUCAACAGCAUAAGUCACAUCGAGAGCGCGGCGUUCCACUCGCUAAACGUGCUGCGGCUUCUGUUCUUGGAGCGGAAUAAAUUGCGCACCUUGAAUGUCGAGGUUUUUUCACCUCUGGAGGCCCUGCGAGGUAUCUAUCUGGACGGCAACGAGCUGGAAGUGUUGGACGGUGGCUUGUUUGGCAGUAACUUGAACCUGGAGGUUAUUCUGCUGCAGAACAAUCGCCUUCGUGUGGUGGACGAUCAUGCCUUUACGGUUUCGUCCGGUGCCGCAGUCAGUCGCAGCCUAAUUUCGCUGCAAAAUAAUAGCAUCGAGCGGAUGAACUUACAGCAUGUCAACGCGACGAAAGUGAUCCUCAGUGACAACCUGCUGCAGGAGAUCUACAUUUCGGCGCAUAUCCAUACAAUGCUGGCGAACAACAACCAGAUCAGUAACGUUACCAGUGACCGAGUUACCGAGAUGAAGCUGCAGGUGUUGGACCUGGGGAACAACUCCAUCACCUCGCUGGACAGCGUCGGCAAGCUGAGUUCGCUGUCCACGCUUGACCUAUCGUACAACAACCUUGGUGCGUUGCGGUUGGAGAGCUUCGAAUUGCUGAAGAAGCUGAAGGUGCUCAGCUUGGAGCGCACGUCGAUCUCAAACUUACAGCACGGCACAUUCGCCCAGCAGGAGGCCCUCGAGUGGCUCGAUCUUUCGUACAACAACCUGAACAACCUCGAUAUGGACAUUCUGACGUCGUCGACACAGCUGCAGACGCUCUACAUCGACGGCAACCGGUUGAGAUCGAUCCAGCACGACGAGAUGAAGAAGAACUUCCCCAAACUGGUCUUGCUCGGCAUUACGGACAACCGCUGGAACUGCACCUACCUUACAAAGCUGGUGCGCUAUUGCAACAGCAACUCGAUCGAGUUGGCCAAACACUCCGGGGCCGUGAGCAACCAGACCAAUGUGAAGGGUAUCUACUGUUACGACGAUAAGAAUCCGAUUCGGGACUGGAACACGACCAUCGGAGCGGCGUAG